GAGAAGGUGGCUUCCAUGAGCUUGGUUGCAAAUUUGGUGAUGUAUCUGCAUACAAAGUACAACUUGGAUAACGUAGUUUCGGCUAAUGUGUUCAACAUCUGGUCUGGUUCGUGCAACAUUGCACCGUUGUUUGGUGCUUUCGUUGCUGACACUUACGUUGGAAAGUUCUAUACUCUUCUCUUUAGCUCAAUAGCAUCCCUCCUGGGAAUGGGGACCCUGACCUUAACUGCAGGUUUACACGAAUUAACUCCCUCUGCCUGCAAAGGACAAACCGAAUGCCCACAACCUAAUGCUUGGCAGCUAGCCGUCCUCUAUUCGGGUCUCGGGUUGCUAGUUGUUGGAUCUGGAGGCCUUAGACCAUGCAACAUUGCCUUUGGAGCUGAUCAGUUUGACACCAAAACAGAGAAAGGAAGAGCACAGCUAGACAGCUUUUGCAAUUGGUGGUACCUCCUGUUCACCGUAGCCCUCCUCAUAGCUCUCACUGGAGUCGUCUAUAUUCAGACCAAUGUCAGCUGGAUUUUGGGUUUUUCCAUACCAACUGCCUGCUUUGGUCUCUCCAUAAUAAUUUUCUUGCUUGGAACCAAGUUGUACAUACGCAUAAAGCCCCAAGGAAGCGUCUUCACCGACAUUAUCAAGGUUGUAGUAGCUACCUGCAGAAAAUAUGGUUCUAAUGCAGGACAAACUUCAGGGAAGUUGUUUUAUGAUCCUCCUUCAAUUGGAUCAGAGUCUCAGACGGCAGCUCGCACGGACAGACUCAAGUUCAUUGAUAAGGCUGCUAUGAUUAUGGACCCUAGUGAAGUGGACAGCCAAGGCAAGCCUACAAAUGGAUGGAGAUUAUGCAGUGUGCAGCAAGUUGAGCAACUAAAAUCUGUGGUGUGGAUAUUGCCUGUUUGGAUAACUGGAAUUUUUUGUUUCAUAGGCAUGAACCAAAUGAAUUCUUUUGGGAUCUUUCAAGCAAUUCAGAUGAACAAAGCAAUUGGACCCAAAUUCCAAAUUCCACCAGCCUGGAUGGGGCUAGCACCAAUGAUUGCACUUUCAAUAUGGAUCAUCAUAUACGAGAGCCUCUACAUUCCUCAAAUGCAGAAAAGGAACAAGAAUGAAAGCGGAAGGUUGACAAUGGAGCAGAGGUUUAAGAUUGGCAUUGUGAUGUCAGUUCUGUGCAUGGUGGUGGCCGGACUUACUGAGAUGAAGCGCCGGAACUCAGCUCUGAAGCACGGGACUUUCGAGUCACCUAUAACGGUUGCAUUGCUCGUGCCACAAUUCGCAUUAUCUGGUCUGAUUGAAGCUUUUGCUGCAAUUGCCUUGAUGGAACUACUUACCGUGCAGUGGCCACAGAGCAUGAGGACUUUUGCUGGGGCAGUCUUCUUUCUCAGCUUGUCCAUGGCAAGCUACCUAACCUCCCUUCUCAUCACAAUCGUCAAAAAAGUGAGUGGCUUGAAUGGCAAUUCAUCAUGGUUGGGUGGCAAUGAUCUUAACAAGAAUAGGCUUGAUUACUACUAUUACACCAUAGCCGGCCUCGGGGUCGUAAAUUUUGUGUAUUUCCAUUUCUAUGCCCGCCAUUAUCUAUCCGAUGCAGCAGCUGUUGAAAAUUCUGAAAACCAAGUUAACUCUGACACUGAAAAGGGUUGUAGGUCCAGAGACACUGAAAGGGGGUUGUAG